AUGGCUGCUAUCAGAAAUGGAAUGGAAUGGCUUGGUCAGUUGAGAGCCUCCCAGCUCCAUCAGCUUGCAGUUGCUCUCGGAUGUGCUUGUUCAGGCAGCAAAAAAGUGAUUGUGGAUGGGAUAUGCCAAACAUUAUCCCCGGCUCCUUCAGGUGACUGUCGGGCAUUCAACAGGUCAUCCUCGACGUCCAGACAUCCACGCCGUCAGCUCAGCAUCGUCAGUAUUGAUAUGGGUAUACAAAACUUGGCCUAUGCAAAUCUCCUGGUACGCCAAGCCAGUGACAGGUUCUCACAGAAUCUUCCGAGCGUCGGCACUACCAAUCUCCCCGUACUCAAGGCCUGGGAGCGAUUGAAUGUCUUUCCUGGCGACAGCCACGACAACUCGAUGAAGAAGUCUGCCAAAUUAGGUGGGUACCUACCAUCCAGAUAUGCGGAUGCUGCAUAUUAUUUUAUCAGUGACAUACUCGUGAAAUACGAUCCGACGCACAUCCUGAUUGAGCAGCAGCGAUUUCGUUCUGGCGGUGGCUCAGCCGUGGCAGAAUGGACGCUCCGGGUUGGUGUCUUCGAAGGCAUGUUGCAUGCAAUCCUACAGACUUUGCAGAAAGAGCGAAAGGACGAAACGAAAUUGGAGGCAAUUGUUAGCAUCAGCCCUGCUCGGACCGCUCGCUUCUGGCUUGAAGGAAGUCAAAGACUAACUAGUCAGAUUGUACCUAGUAAGAUUACUGGCCGUGAAGGCAAGCAAGCCAAGGUUGAUAUUGUGGCAAAGUCGUUCUUGGAUGGCGAAAGUCGCAUGGUUGAGAUUGGCAAAGGACAAGCGAAAGCUACAGAGACCACUUUCAUGGAAAAAUGGUAUGCUACCUCCAUGGUUGCUAAGGAACUCCAGAGGCAUAAGAGGACAACCAGGAGCGAGUCUGCAGCUACGACGCCAAAAACGCAAAAACAGCCAAAACUCGAUGAUCUGGCGGAUUGCCUACUUCAAGCAUUGGCUUGGCUGAAAUGGCAGAAUACUAGGGAUCUAGUAAUUCGAGAUUCGAGAGCAGAUGAUCCUCUAGAUGCAAUCCGGAAACGUUUGGAAGAGUUGGCGGGGAGCAAAAAUGAAUUAACAGUCUAA